UAUAUUUCUUCAAAACAAGCCACCAAUAGAAGCAAAAAUUUAUACAAAAUCCCACAAAGUCACCAAUGCCAUUCCAUGAGGGCAAACUAGUAACUUCCCACCAGAUCAACAACUAUAAAGUAUAAAUGCUUUGAAUCCAACUUUGGCAGAGCUAUUGCUCAUAAAAACCGAUCAUUUUUUCGACAUUCACAACACAACAUUUUUCAAAAGAAUGUCGACUCUCAAAAUCACCAAGAAACACAACAAGCAUCUCAACAAUCCUUUCCCAUCAACCCCAAAAUCUUUACCAUACAAAAAAGGACAUCUUUUCUUGAAUUCCCAAACUACCCUCUUAACCCACAAUAUAUUUACCAUUGGCAGUAAUUUUCAGUUACAUUUUACAUCAGAAAAUGGUGGCUUUUUCUCCAUUUGUCAUAAGUCUCAACCAACAAGAUCCAUAUGGUCAACAAUCCCUGGUCAAUCUUUUAUCUCAACUGCAAUGGCUGAAACAGAAGUGGAAGAAAGUAGAGGAUCAUUUAUUAUUAAGGAUAAAAAUGUUAAAUAUAUAUGUGAUCAUCAAACUAUAGAUGAAAUAAAUGUGUUGAAAAAUGAAAAAGACAUUAUUUUUCAAGGAAAAGAUCAAGAAUUUGAAUCUGGGUAUGUCGAAAAUCGACCCGAAUCCCCUGUUGUUGAAAUAAAAGGUAGGAUUUUUUGUGUAAGAAAGAAUAAGAAAGUGUCAAAUGAAGAAAAGUUGGAAGCUUUAGAAAACAAUGUGCAUAGUUAUGCAAAGUAUAAGCUUUUGUUUGAUCAAAGGAAUAGUAAUCAAAUUGGGUUUCAAGUAAAACUUGGAAAUUUGAAUCUUGGAUGUUCACCAAAGUUAUCACCUAGGACUUACAAGGGAUUUGUUAAGAAGUCGAGUCGAACUAGACGGAUUAGAGUUAGGAUAUGGGGAUCAUUCUUAAAGAGAAAACGGGUUGUGACAGAUUUAAGUAAUGAAGAGGAAAAUGUAGUAAUGAAAGAUGGCGGAAAUGAGUGUUUUAAUAGGAUUUGUCUUACGUAUUCAAGUGAAAAAAAUGAAAGAUUUUUUGGGUUCGGGGAACAGUUCUCACAUAUGGACUUUAAAGGAAGGAAGGUCCCGAUCUUUGUUCAAGAACAAGGAAUUGGCAGAGGUGAUCAACCAAUCACAUUUGCUGCUAAUCUUGUUAGUUACAGGGCUGGGGGUGACUGGAGUACAACAUAUGCACCUUCACCGUUUUAUAUGACAUCAAAGAUGAAAUCGCUUUACCUUGAAGGUUAUGACUAUUCAGUCUUUGACCUUACACUGGAUGACAGAGUUCAGAUACAGAUACAUGGAGAUUGUAUUGAAGGUAGGAUAUUGUAUGGGAACUCACCUUCUGAGCUCAUUGAACAGUUCACUGAGUCGAUUGGCAGACCACCUGAACUUCCUGAUUGGAUCAUAUCUGGUGCCAUUGUGGGAAUGCAAGGUGGAACAAACAAAGUGCGGCAUGUUUGGGAGGAACUAGUGGCUCAUGACGUUCCAAUAUCAGCAUUCUGGUUGCAGGAUUGGGUAGGAGAGAGGAAGACGGUAAUCGGAUCACAACUUUGGUGGAAUUGGGAAGUGGAUGAAACACGGUAUAAUGGAUGGAAACAGCUUAUUAAGGAUCUUAGUACCCAACACAUUAAAGUGAUGACAUAUUGCAAUCCUUGUCUAGCUCCGAUGGAUACUAAGCCAGAUGCAAAGAAAAACCUCUUUGAAGAGGCAAAAAGAUUGGACAUUUUAGUGAAAGACAAGAAUGGAGAAGCUUACAUGGUUCCUAAUACGGCUUUUGAUGUGGGGAUGUUGGAUUUGACACAUCCUAAUGCUGCAAAUUGGUUCAAAAAAAUUCUUCAAGAUAUGGUAGAUGAUGGUGUUCGCGGAUGGAUGGCUGACUUUGGUGAGGGCCUUCCUGUCGACGCCUGCAUUUAUUCAGGUGAAGAUCCCAUAUCUGCACAUAAUAGAUAUCCAGAGAUAUGGGCCCAAAUAAACCGGGAAUUCACGGAAGAAUGGAAAAGCACACUUGUUGGAAAGGAGAAAGAAGACCCUUCAGAAUCAUUGGUUUUCUUUAUGAGAGCGGGUUUCAGAAAUAGUCCUAAAUGGGCAAUGCUCUUUUGGGAAGGGGAUCAAAUGGUGAGUUGGCAGGCUAAUGAUGGGAUUAAAAGUGCCGUUGUCGGCUUGCUUAGUAGUGGGCUUUGUGGAUAUGCGUUUAAUCAUAGUGACAUUGGAGGCUAUUGUGCAGUAAACUUACCCUUCUUUAAGUACAAAAGAGAUGAAGAGUUACUAAUAAGAUGGAUGGAGUUAAAUGCCUUCACCACAAUAUUCCGAACACAUGAAGGAAACAAGCCAUCUGUUAAUUGUCAGUUCUAUUCAAAUGAAAGGACAUUAUCGCAUUUUGCACGUUUUGCAAAAGUUUACAAAGCAUGGAAGUUUUAUAGGGUCCAACUCGUGAAGGAAGCUAGUCAAAAAGGUCUUCCAGUUUGCCGACACCUAUUUCUCCAUUACCCUAAUGAUGAUCAUGUACAUAACUUGACAUAUGAGCAGUUUCUUGUUGGUGACGAGAUUCUGGUAGUGCCAACUCUUGAUAAACAAAUAAAGAAUGUGAAAGCAUACUUUCCAGUUGGAGAAAGUAGUGCUUGGAAGCAUAUAUGGACUGGAGAUUUAUAUGACCUUCAAGGUUCAGAAGCUACAAUAGAAGCUCCAGUUGGCUAUCCAGCAAUUUUUGUCAAGGAUGGAUCAGUUAUAGGAGAGAACUUCCUAAAAAAUCUAAGAGACUACAAGAUUCUAUAAAUACUUGUUGCACAGUGAGUUGGGUUGUUAAGUUUAAGAGCAGUGAAUGGCAACAUUGGAAAUUAGCAAUCGAUGUGAAUGACUGUACAGUACGUUACUAAUCUAAGGUUCACAUGAUUAAAAAGUGAUGUGUACUUCAAAAUGUUUAAAAAUCUAAAUUGACGGAAAAACACUUGACCCCGUAUGCCUUUUGGACACCAACUGACCCUUCAAACUAGAGCCCAAAACAAUGUCCGCCAUUCCGCCUAUUAUUAGGUACCAUACUAUGGAGUUAAGUCAAACCCAAGGACA